AAAAAGAACAGCAAAAAUUAAAGAGUCAAAUGCUUACAAAUAGGAUUUGUAUUUUAAUACUAUAAAGUAAAAUAAAUCAUUUAUAAAUAAACUAUGUCUGAAGAAGUUGCGGUGAAACAAGAAAAGAUUGAAGGUAUAUCGGACGGUGAAGCAGCGAGUGAUAAAGUUUUGUUCAAAAAGAAGCCAAGGAAGAAUAUUCGUCAAAGAAAGCCCUCAAAUUCUGAUGAUGAUUCGAAACCAGAAGAGGAUAUUGCUGUGCUUGAAGAAAUUAAAGAACGACAAAAGUUACGACAACGGCCCCAUGGCGUUAGCGUUAUUGGCUUGGCUUUGGGCAAGAAAUUAGCGCCCGAAGAAGAAAUCGCGAUAAAAGAUCCGUUUAAUGUAAAAACUGGCGGCUUAGUUAACAUGCAAGCUUUAAAGGCAGGCAAGCUGAAAGAACCCGAAGAUGCUUAUGAUGUUGGCAUCGGCACGCAAUUCUCUGCGGAAACCAAUAAGCGCGAUGAAGACGAAGAGAUGAUGAAAUAUAUUGAGCAAGAACUACAGAAACGAAAAGGUUUAGCUAAAACCAGCGCUGAAAAUGAAGAAGGUGAUCCAAAUAAAUAUCUUACACCCGAAGAGGCAGCCUUGCUGGCGUUGCCCGAUCAUCUGCGGCAUUCCUCAUCGAAUCGCUCAGAGGAAAUGUUAUCCAAUCAAAUGCUAAAUGGUAUCCCCGAAGUAGAUUUGGGUAUUGAUGCAAAAAUUAAAAAUAUUGAAGCGACCGAGGACGCCAAACAGAAAUUACUUCAAGAUCAGAAGAAUAAAAAAGAUGGACCCUCACAAUUUGUGCCAACAAAUAUGGCUGUUAAUUUCAUGCAACACAAUAGAUUCAACAUCGAGGACAAUGAGCAAAAACGACGUAAACGCGAUUACGUUGCGCAAAAUGUCCAACAACAACAACAACAUCAACCAAAUCAACAAUCAGGCAUGGUGAACGGUGUAAAGCGAGCGACGGACGAUUAUCAUUAUGAUAAAUUUAAGAAACAAUUUCGUCGUUAUUAAAUUAGUUAAUUUUAAGCUGGAAAUUUUUUCAAUAAAAACUUACC